UAAAGGCCACGCCCAUGUUUUGCGGCGUCUUGGACGCAAGCCUUGACUUCCAUGUGUCGAGCACGAAAUCCGAAACUUUGCUCCUAUCUUUAGCUUUACUCUGACAAACACACGUUAGAAACGCGGUAUUUUUCUUUAUUUUUUUAUGUGAACCAGUUAAAUGCAACUUGACGGGGCGUUUCGCCAACAAUCGACGUGGGCACCGAGGAGCGUUAGCUGCUUAAGCUAAGUGCUAACGAUGAAGACUAUGAACUCCAACAGCAUCGUUGACAUGUUUGAAGACGGAAACGUGGUCAAGAUUUGUGCGCCGAUGGUGCGAUAUUCAAAGCUGGCUUUCAGGUCAUUGGUGAGGAAGUACAACUGUGACAUUUGCUUCACUCCAAUGAUUGUUGCUUCUGACUUUGUGCAAUCCGUCAAAGCAAGAGACAGUGAAUUCACCACAAAUGAGUGUGACAGACCCCUGAUUGUGCAGUUUGCUGCCCAUGAUCCUCAAACUCUGGUUGCUGCAACGUGCGCAGUUGCACCUUUCUCUGACGGAGUUGACCUGAACUGUGGAUGCCCCCAGAGAUGGGCCAUGUCCGCAGGAUAUGGCGCGUGCCUUAUCAACAAGCCUGAGCUGGUCAAAGACAUGGUCAGACAUGUCAGGAACCGAGUGGACAAUCCAAACUAUACAACAUCCAUCAAAAUAAGAAUUCACAAGGACUUGAGGAAGACGGUGGACCUGUGCCAGAAGGCCGAGUCCGCGGGCGUAUCGUGGAUCACGGUGCACGGUCGCACGUCGGAGGAGCGACACCAGCCGGUCCACUACGACGCCAUCAAGACGAUCAAAGGCAGCGUGUCGAUUCCGGUCAUCGCCAACGGCGACAUCAAGUACCCAAGCGACGUGGAGUCGGUCCACCAGCUCACCGGUGUUGAUGGUGUGAUGGCAGCGCGAGGGUUGCUGGCGAACCCGGCCCUGUUCGCCGGUCACGAAGAAACGCCUCUGGAGUGCGUGUGGGACUGGGUGGACAUUUCGGUCCAGCAGGGCACCCCGUUUACUUGCUUCCACAAUCAUCUCAUCUACAUGCUGGACAGGGUCAGCUCUCAGCCCGAGAGAAAAGUAUUCAAUUCUUUAUGUAGUACGUCAGCCGUAAUAGACUACCUGCAGAGCACGUAUGGCUCGGCUCACGAUUGGGGAACAAUGACGUUGCAAUGGACCGCCGUGGCCCUCUUCCUCUACAUGGAGAUUGGCCUCCUCGUCAUCCUCUGCCUGCCCUUCAUUUCAGCUAAGAGAUGGCAGAGCGUUUUCAAUUUGAGAAUCUGGAGCCCGGUUGCCCGCUUUUGGAACAAAGUCUUCCUCACGAUGAUUAUCAUACUUAUUGUCCUCUUCCUCGAUGCGGUCCGCGAGGUGAGGAAGUACUCGGUGAAAGAUCUCGGCAGGGACGCCAAGCUGCUGCCCAACAUGCACGACCACAUGCACAUGAAGCUUUUCCGGGCCCAGCGGAACCUUUACAUCUCUGGCUUCGCCGUCUUCCUCUGGCUGGUGAUGAAGCGAGUGGUCACCUUGAUAAACCAGCUGGCUUCGGUUUCCGGGACCACUGCUGCUCUGCAGGCGCAGGCUGAAAAUGCGAACAAAGCCGCCGAGAAGUAUUUGGAGGACAACGAGCUGCUGAAGAAGACUCUGAUGGAGGGGACAGGAGACAAAGCGACGGCCGAGGGAAUGGAGCUGUUGAGGAAAGAGCUGGAGAAACUGAAAGAAGAACUGAAGACUUCGGAAGACGCGCUGAAGAAGUCCGAGAGCGACGCGGACGGCUUGAAGAAACAGACGGACGGUCUCGCCAGGGAGUACGACAGACUGCUGAAAGAGCAUCAAGAGCUUCAGAAUAUUCAAAGUCCUGUCGACAAAAAGGAAGACUAAACUUCGGAACGAGUUUUCCGCACAACUCCGUGACUCGGCAAACGAUGCAGGAAAUGUAAACAAGCUUUUGAAUGGAGCCGAUUAUUAUUAUUGUUUUUUUUUUUUUUUUUUUUCAGGGGAUAGAGGGGGGGGGGUCUCCAAGCGCCUGACGAUCUUAAAGGGGGAGUUUCCUGUUUCUGCCUGGCACUGCGACUAAGAGGAUUGCCGCUCGAGUCAGUGCUCUUUCAUUGUGACUUUGGGACCGCUACGGAGUGUGAUUUGGGGGGGGGUGGGGGCUGUAAUUUUUUUUUUUUUUUUUUCGUUUAGUCAUUCUUCGAAAAAGUUAUUUUUCUUUUAUGUAUUUUUAGAUUUCCUAACACCUGACCUCCAUCACAAGUGAAAAGUUGCUGUUAUGUAGAUGUCGCGCACACACUUUGCUGUCAAAUCAUGACAUUUUGUGGGGGAGGGGGGCGUUUGUAUGUACUAAUUUUUAGCAGUGUGCUAUUACGGUCGCGAAUUCCAACAUUAAGUAAUUCCCCCAUUUUGACCUUGUCUUAAUUUGAGUGUGUCCCCGUAAAAUAUGGAAGAGGUAAACUUUGUUGUUUUGGGAGUGUUUUUGUGACAGUUUUACUGGGUGAAAAGUUGUUUGUUCUUAUGGUUUGGGUCUGAAAUGCACCAAAAAUUGGGGUAUACGUGUGUGUGUAUAUAUGGAAAUAUGUACGGCAAACGUGCCUGUCGUGGAGAUGUGGAAUAUAUACCGAAAUUAUCGGCCUACAGAGCGCGCCUGGUGAUAAGCCUCGGUACGCAGAAAGAAUUUAACACCUGCGCGGCAGUGCUAACGCUAGCACAACGGUGCUAACACUAGCGUAGGAGUUCUAACGUGGCGGCGCUAAUGUGGCGGUGCUAGCGCGAGUGCAGUGAUGCUAACGGUAACACGGCGGUGCAAAUGCAGCGGUGCCAACACUAGCGUGGCCACGCUAACGCGGCGGUGGAAAUGCGGCAGUGCUAACGCUAGUGCGGAGGCGUUAACGCGGCAGUGGUAACGUUAGCGCGGCGGUGCUAACGCUAACAUGGUGGCGCUAAUGCAGCAGUGCUAAUGCUAACUCGCGCGGCGGCUGUGGAAAAAAAAGUCCCAGCUCGUAGGCCGGGAAUUACGGUAUAUAUUUUUUGUAACCCUCCAUCUUAAAUAAUACACCCCAAGACAUCUUUGGAUUGGGUAUUAAAAAGUUUUAUUAGUUGUAUUUUUUUUGACAUUUUUACAAAAAUAAUCCUUAAAAAUUAUGUACAUUCUUAUCACUUUGUUGCCGCUCUCGUGUACGCACUCAACGCGUUUGUCUGAUGCGGCUGAAUUCAAAGACGCACGAUACAGUUGAACCUACAGCGUAACCCCAAUCGGGAGAAAGUCUUACAAAAACAAUAUCUACACCUAUGAGGGCAUUUUUUUAUACAUAAUCUGAAUGUAUAAUGGCUAUGCGUAUUAGUCUGUUCA